AUGUCUCCACCGGCGUUGGUCGGCACAUUGCCUCUGAAUGAGGCUUCUAUCGCGCCGUGCCCCGGGGCAAGUCGCGUGCGGCAACCCUGGCGGGCAGGUGAGCGGAGCGCGUGCGCCCGCCCCGGGGGAAUGCCUCCUACGUUCAUUAACUCCGGGCCCUGGUGGCGUCCCGAUGAUAUAUGCCCCCACGCCGGACGCCGCCUAAUCACCGGGGAAAAUGUAUGCGUGCGGCGUACUCCGGCGAAGGCUCGUUUAGGCGCUCGGACGUGGCAGCCCCUGGGCUUGACGCUUACGAAAUGUCUAGCUGUCCUGUUCGAGCAGGAGAUAAUGAGCUACGUGCCGGCCGGUGGGUGCGGCGUGUGCCCUUCGCCGGCCGCCUCGCCCGCGGCCGCCCGCUCCACCCGCGCCCCGGCGCCGCAGCGCCGCGACUUCGAGGCGAAGCUGCGCGCCUUCUACCGCAAGCUGGAGAGCAAGGGCUACGGACAGGGCCCGGGGAAGCUGAAGCUGCACAUCCGUCGCGAGCAUUUACUCGAGGACGCCUUCCGCCGCAUCAUGUCCUGCGGCAAGAAGGAGCUGCAGAAGGGGAAGCUCUGCGUGCUGUGGGACGGCGAGGAGGGGCUCGACUACGGGGGCCCCAGCAGGGAGUUCUUCUUCCUGCUUUCGCGCGAACUGUUCAACCCCUACUACGGUCUGUUCGAGUACUCGGCGAACGACACUUACACCGUGCACGUGUCGCCGAUGUCCGCCUUCGUCGACAACCAUCAGGAGUGGUUUCGCUUCUCCGGGCGCGUUCUCGGCCUGGCGCUGGUGCACGGCUACCUGCUGGAGGCCUGGUUCACGCGGGCUCUGUACCGCGCUCUGCUCAGGCUGGCCCCGGCCUUGGAGGACGUCGACGCCUUGGAUGCCCAGUUCGCCGCCUCGCUGCGUUGGCUGCAGUCGGCGCGGUGCGUGUCCUCGCUGGAGCUGACGUUCGCGGUGUCGGAGCGGCUGGCGGACGGGCGCGUGCUCGAGCGCGAGCUGAAGCCGGGCGGGCGCGACACGCCCGUCACGGAGCGCAACCGGCACGAGUACCUCGAGCGCGUGGUGCGCUGGCGCGUGCAGCGGGGCGUCGCCGCGCAGACCGAGUGGCUGGUGCGCGGCUUCCACGAGGUGGUGGAUCCGCGGCUGGUGGCGGCGUUCGACGCGCGCGAGCUGGAGCUGGUGAUCGCCGGCGCGCCAGAGCUGGACGUGGCCGAUUGGCGCGAGAACACGGAGUACCGCGGCGGGUACCACGACGGCCACCCCGUCAUCAUAUGGUUCUGGCAAGCCAUCGACAGGUUCAGCAACGAGCAGCGGCUGCGGCUGGUGCAGUUCGUGACGGGGACGUCAUCGGUGCCGUACGAGGGGUUCGCCGCGCUGCGCGGCUCCACGGGCCCGCGCCGGUUCUGCAUCGAGCGCUGGGGCCGCAUCGAGUCGCUGCCCCGCGCGCACACCUGCUUCAACCGCCUCGACCUGCCCUCCUACCCCACCGCCAAGCUGCUAUACGAGAAGCUGCUUCUAGCCGUCGAGGAGACGAACACCUUCGGCAUCGAG